CUUGUUACUCCCACAAGGUGACAAAACGAAACGUCACUCGAGCUCAGUGUGUAGAUGUCAGAAAAUGUUUCUUGCUGUUUAAAAUCUGUAUUGGACUACGAAGAAGAUUCUUCUUGUUCAUCUGCUGAUCUUGAUGGAACUGGCCAAGAUCUGCUUGCUUUUUCUGCAAGAAUCACGGAUGAAUUGCGAUCUCAUUUCCGAAGAAACGCUGGCACCGAUGAUUAUUUCGAUAACAUUUACGAUGACUCUUUCAGCGCUCCUGAAUCGGGGAGUUACUCCUAUUACUCCGAUUUAUUAGCUGUGGCUGACUUGAAAGAGCCUUCUGUAGAAGAUGACCAAGGUCAAGCUCAAAUCCAUGAUAAGACGGAUGGUGAUAAACACAGAUCCUUUUAUUGUUCGUGCCAGUGUUCAGGGCGGCGUAGUCCAUCAGUUGGAACAGGUCCACUGGAGGAAUUAUUCCAAGUAUUGCUUCCCACACCAUCGCCAUCGCACUCAUCAGAAGUUCGAAAUGACAUAGCACCGGAUUGGACGCACUACAUGAGCACAGACGAUAACAAUUAUUCCAUCGAUGAUAGCUAUUCCGAUUUUAUCGACGUGUUCCAUCGUUUGACUAAUGACUCAUUCACAUUGCCGACGUCUAUGAGUUCAACUGAUUUGAGAUCAUUUGACGAAUUCUGACAUCACAUCAGAUGAACAGUUCAAUGAAUGUUUUUGUAAAUGUCUAUUGUUUAUUCAAUGUGACAGAUUACGGAGAUGAAUUUGAGUUUUGACGUUUGUCCCCGUAUGUUGUAUUAUGUAUGUCAAAAAUAUAUUUGGCGAGU